AGUUAUUUCAGUUUAUUUUUAUUUCUUUAUGUUAUACGGUUAAAGUCAUUGUGAUACAUACAAAGAAUUUAUUCCAUCAAGUUCAGUUCACCUGCUAAUAAAUAGGUUCAAAGUUUAUCUCCACGUCCGCUACAUAUGUGCAAUUGAGUUCCAAUACAACACAACGCUGCUGAAUGUUAUACUAAAAUUAUUAUAUAAUUUGCGGAGAUCAGUGAUAAGAUACUUAUCAUCAUGGCAAGGAAUAUUCUACAGCUGUCCAAGUAUCCCAGAGUGCUUCUGAAUACUCAUCGAAACUAUUCGGAAGCAUCGGCUCAGUUUCCAAAAAUAACAACCCACUAUACGGUCCAUCCUCGCGAUAAGGACUCAAGAUGGGCAGAGGUCGACAUGGAACGCUUCGUAGACGAAGCGGAUCUUCUGAUCGUCGGUGGAGGUCCGGCCGGUUUCUCGGCCGCAAUUCGUGCCAAGGAAAUAGCCGCGGAGAAGGGUCAAGAGCUGCGAGUUUGUUUAGUUGAAAAGGCGUCCGAAGUCGGAGGACACAUUCUAUCGGGGGCGUGUUUGGAUCCCAUAGCUCUGAAUGAGUUGAUACCGGACUGGAAGGAGAAGGAAGCACCGCUCACUACGCCCGUAACGCAUGACAAAUUUUCCUGGCUGUCCAAAAGUGGAAAAUUCCCUAUUCCAAUCUUCCCGGGCUGGCCUAUGGAUAAUCGGGGGAACUACGUGGUUCGAUUGGGACAUGUAGUAGCCUGGCUUGGACAGCAAGCUGAAGCACUGGGUGUGGAGAUUUAUCCCGGUACUGCUGCGUCCGAAGUGCUCUUCCACGAGGAUGGAUCCGUGAAAGGUAUUGCGACAGGAGAUGUUGGUAUAUCGAAGAGUGGGGCUCCUAAAGAUACGUUUGCCCGCGGUAUGGAGUUACAUGCCAAAACAACUAUUUUUGCUGAAGGCUGCCGAGGUCAUUUGUCCAAACAGUUGAUGGCUAAGUUUGGAUUGAAUGCGGAGAAUGAACCGCAAACCUACGGUAUCGGGUUGAAGGAGGUUUGGGAAAUUAAACCGGAGCACCACACCCCUGGUCUUGUGGAGCACACCAUUGGAUGGCCUUUGGAUAAAAAUACAUAUGGCGGAUCGUUCCUGUACCAUUUGAAUGAACCAACUCCGUUGGUUGCUGUUGGACUUGUCGUUGGUCUCGAUUACGUCAAUCCGUAUAUGAGUCCGUUCCAGGAGUUCCAGCGAUUUAAAACCCAUCCCAAAGUGCGUCAUGUAUUCGAAGGUGGAAAUCGGAUAGCCUAUGGUGCUCGUGCAUUGAACGAAGGUGGUUACCAAAGCAUUCCCAAGCUCACGUUCCCCGGUGGUUGUCUGGUGGGCUGUGCCGCCGGUUUUAUGAACGUUCCGCGCGUGAAAGGCAGCCACUAUGCAAUGAAAAGUGGCAUGCUUGCUGCUGAGAGUGCCUGCGAAGCAAUCCUCUCGGGACAAACCCAGGAUAAGGUUGGAUUGGAACCGAAAGAUUAUCCGGACAGAAUUAAGGAAUCUUAUGUGUGGAAAGAUUUGUACAAAGUCCGAAAUGCACGGCCUAGUUUUCACAACGCAUUCGGACUGUACGGAGGAGUGGCGUACAGUGGAUUCACUUUGCUGCUGGGAGGACGUGAGCCGUGGACACUCAGCCAUGGUGCGCCGGAUCACACUCGUUUAAAGCCGGCAAAGGAAUUCAAACCGAUCGAAUAUCCCAAACCUGAUGGAAAAAUUAGCUUUGAUCUGCUUUCGUCGGUUGCUCUCACCGGAACGAACCACGAAGGAGAUCAGCCAGCCCAUCUUACCUUGAAGGACGAUACCGUUCCGGUAAAGAACAAUUUGGACAUCUACGACGGGCCGGAGGCACGGUUUUGUCCUGCCGGUGUCUACGAGUUCGUACCAAAUGACGAAGGCGGUAACAUGAAGCUGCAAAUCAACGCGCAGAACUGCAUCCACUGUAAAACCUGCGACAUUAAGGAUGUGACGCAGAACAUUAACUGGGUCGUUCCCGAGGGCGGUGGUGGUCCGGCCUAUAAUGGCAUGUAAUGAUCCAGUUCUGCUGCAUUUAUGUAAGUGUUGUGUUUCUCUGUAGAGAUUAAUUUUUGAACAAUUGUACCUAUUCCGGAUAAAAUAUUUCUUUCUAUAAAGUUGUCCAAUCGUGUUUGCCUUUGAUUUCCACCAUCAAAAGGUUGUGGGUUAAAUACUGUAAAAUUUAUUCUUCCGUUUUUCUUCAUUCUAAAACAAAAUAACAAGAAAUGCAGAGGGAAUAAAACAGCUGUUUA